CGGCCCGGCCGGCAGCGGGGGCGGGGCCGGGGGCCGUGUCCCGUCCCGUCCCUCCCUCCUUCCCGGAGCGCUCUGACGUGGGCGGCGGGGAGGGCGGGCCCAGCGGCGGCCUUUGGGACGGGGGCUCCCAACAUGUCCGCGCUGCUGGCGGCGCUGGGAGUGCGCGAGCGGGCGGCGACUGCGGCCGGCGGCGGCCAGCGCGGGGAGGCCCGCGCCUGAGGCCAAGCCAGGCCUACCCCCACCUCCACACGCACGCCCGGGUCGGGCCCGGGGACGCCGGGGGCCCGGACGCCGGGGGACGCCGGCGUUCGUCCGCCGACAGACUUGCAGGCUCUUCUGCUUUAUUCAUCCCUAAUAUACAAGGAAGAGUCUCUAAAGAGAAUCUUUAUCAGAAGGACAAAGAUCUGGAAGAAAUUUGACUUUUGUACUACGUUCAAGAUGACAAGUGAAGCAGUUCAGAUAGCCUCAAUGCAGACACCUGAAAAAGAUUCCAUGUGUCCAGGCAACGAUACUGGAGACUGCUGCCAGAAAAAAGGAAAUAUCAAAAUAAAGCAGAUGUUGUGUCCUGUACUGUUAUCUCAAGGUUUUGCAAGUCAUUCUGUUAUGUGCUUCUUGGCAGCAGGAAUGUAAACUAAUUCUUUCAGCACUGAACUAGAACCUUGACAAGGUUGCAAUUACAGAUUCAAUAUUGCAUAAACAUGGGUGCAUUUUUGGAUAAACCAAAAACUGAAAAACAUAAUGCUCAUGGUGCAGGGAAUGGCUUGCGUUACGGCCUCAGCAGUAUGCAGGGAUGGAGAGUGGAAAUGGAAGAUGCUCACACAGCUGUUGUAGGUAUUCCCCAUGGCUUAGAGGACUGGUCCUUUUUUGCUGUCUAUGAUGGUCACGCAGGAUCUCGUGUUGCAAAUUAUUGCUCCACGCACUUACUAGAACACAUCACUAACAAUGAAGACUUUAGGGCGACAGAAAAACCUGGAUCUGCUCUUGAACCUUCAGUGGAAAAUGUCAAGAGUGGAAUCAGAACUGGCUUUUUGAAAAUUGAUGAAUAUAUGCGCAAUUUCUCAGACCUCAGAAAUGGGAUGGACAGAAGUGGCUCAACAGCAGUGGGAGUUAUGAUUUCACCUGAGCAUGUAUACUUUAUCAAUUGUGGUGAUUCGCGUGCUGUUCUCUAUAGGAAUGGACAAGUCUGUUUUUCAACACAGGAUCACAAACCUUGCAACCCAAGGGAGAAAGAGCGAAUCCAGAACGCAGGAGGCAGUGUAAUGAUUCAGCGUGUUAAUGGUUCGUUGGCAGUUUCUCGAGCUCUGGGGGACUAUGACUAUAAAUGUGUUGAUGGUAAAGGCCCUACAGAACAACUUGUUUCUCCAGAGCCUGAGGUUUGUGAAAUUUUAAGGGCAGAAGAAGAUGAGUUUAUCAUCUUGGCUUGUGAUGGAAUCUGGGAUGUAAUGAGCAAUGAAGAGCUCUGUGAAUUUGUUAAGUCUAGACUUGAAGUAUCAGAUGACCUGGAAAAAGUGUGCAAUUGGGUAGUGGACACUUGUUUACAUAAGGGGAGUCGUGAUAACAUGAGUAUUGUACUAGUUUGUUUUUCAAAUGCUCCUAAGGUCUCAGAUGCGGCAGUGAAAAAAGACGCCGAGUUGGAUAAGUACUUGGAAUCACGGGUUGAAGAAAUUAUGGAAAAAUCGGGUGAAGAAGGAAUGCCUGAUCUUGCUCAUGUUAUUCGUAUUUUAACUGCGGAGAAUAUCCCUAAUUUACCACCAGGAGGUGGUUUAGCUGGCAAGCGUAAUAUUAUUGAAGCUGUGUAUAGUAGGCUGAAUCCACACAGAGAGAAUGAGGGGGACCCUGGCGAUGCUGAGGAAAGUGGAACGCAGGGAAAAUUGGUGGAAGCGCUCAGGCAAAUGAGAAUUAAUCAUAGGGGGAACUACCGCCACCUUCUGGAAGAGAUGCUGACUAGUUACAGGCUAGCUAAGAUGCAGGGAGAAGAGUGCACUGCUGAAUCAGCGGCAGCAUCUACUUCAGAUACUCAUGCUGGACCCAGUGACCCCGUACCAGACACCCACACAGAAUCUGGGAAUCACCUUGCUGAAAUACAGAGCUCAAACGAAGAUUCAGGGAUGAAUGAGAUGAGCGAUAAACAGACAUAAUGUUUUCCGUAGCGGAUUUAACGCUUGGCUUCACUUGGCGUAUUUUCCUUUGUUUAUAUCUCAACAUUUGUCACAUCUAUCCUAGGAGUCUGUUUGUUUUUACUUUAGUUAUUUGUACAGAUUGUUUAUACAAAGCUCUCUUUUCCUUAGGAGUUCAACUACCAUAUUAUAUAGUAUUUGCAUCUUAUGUUGUGUAGCAAGCAGUUAACUUCCCGUUUGAGAUUUUGAUUUUAAAUCGUGUGACACCAGCAAUAGGAAUCUAACAUGCUGAUGCAAAAAGAAAUUUUAAAACUUUUUCUUUUAAAUACAUUCUUAAAUAAUAAUUUUUAUGAUAUGUUUGCUAAUUGUAAAGUAAUUCACACCGUAACUGUAUCAUUUGUGCAAAUUACUUGAAUUAUACAAAUUCAUCAGUCUUUGUUUUCUUCCCCAGCAUACUAUACUGCGUGUUUGUAUUUCAAUUGUGUAUAGUUUAUAUUACAACUAAAUUACAAAAGCUACUACGGUUUAGGUUGUCAUUAUUCUUCAUGAAAUGUGUUUGAUUUUUUUUCCAAUUUAGAUUGUAUCCACUGUUCAUCAUAAAUAUCUAUUUUCUAGAUGACUGUAUUAUUACUUCCCAGGUUGUAGCAUAACAUAUAUGCAGAAAUGAAAAUGUACUUAGACUUAGUACCUAGUGUCAACUUCUAAGAACUUGUGUUUAAGUGAAAAUAAAGAAUAUGCUGUGGAAUAAUAUCUGUAUGCAUAUUGACUUUUUUAAGCAAGUAAUAAACUUCCUUUGAAAUGCUAUCAUUCUGACAUGACUUGAAACUUUUCAUAGCUUCUGCUGUUAACUCCUGAUGUUCAUUAGUUUCUACAAAUGUUUGAGUAAUUUUGGGUUUGGCACAUUCAUCGUGAUCCUCUAUUUGGGCAAUAUUUCUCAGGUUCAAGUUAAACAUCAACUGUAUAAAUGAAAACACCGGCUAGUCUACUGAAGUUUACCUUCUACCAAAUCUUUUCCGUGCCUUUUGGUGUACAACGUGUAUGUACAUGUAUUUGGGUAGAUCAGUGAUAAUACUGGGAAUUUACAAUGGUAGUAACUAAUCUGCUAAUAAGUUAAAUCUGGAAUUCUUGUGUCAGUGGUCAGUUCAUUAUAUAACCCUUGCACAACGAUAUCAUUGUUCAAAAUAGGUACAAAUUUCACUGCCUUAAUGAAAAAGAGCCUGCGGGGAUUUCUUGCGGACCAGGAAUACCUGAAGAGCUGAGUUCCUUAGCAUUUUAUAGAUUUUUUUUUUUUUUGUAGUCCAUAGACGUAGUAUCUACUGAUAGCUAUGAUUUAGUACAAUUUUAGAUAAUACUUGUUUUUAAGUCUUUAUGCUAUAAUAGCUUUACUGGGUUCAUGUUUUAUAAAAGUAAAUUCCCUCAUGAAGUUGAGGACCAGAAUGUUUGUGUGUGGAAGUGGGCAGGUAUGGAAAAAAAGGAAAAUGUCAUCUGUCUUAUGCUAGUAUUCUGUUUAAUUAUGCCACCUAAAUCCAAAGUGCAACAAAAUGUUUUCAUUUGUAUUGGUGAGUAGU